UGCUGGGAAAAUCCAGCCACCAAUCAGCGCGCCUUUCCUCCUGACUUCCGUUUGCAUUGGAUAUAAAAACCGUUCCGCGACAGCAACGAAAUCACUGAUUGAGCCUGCGGCACCAUUGAACACGUGACGUCACCAAUUCGCCGAAGUCAUCAGCCCCACUGCAAAAAUGAAGGUCCUGGCUGUCGCCCUUGUCUUCGUUCUUGUUGCUGGACUGAUCAGCACCACGGUUGCUCAAGGCGAGGAAAGCGACGUGGCCCACGUUCGAGUCCGCCGGGGUUUCGGCUGUCCGCUUAACCAGGGCGCCUGUCAUCGCCAUUGCCGUAGCAUCGGUCGUCGUGGUGGAUAUUGCUCCGGGAUCAUCAAGCAGACCUGCACUUGCUACCGCAAAUAGAAAACAAGCUCUCGGUUCCGAAAUGGCGGACAGCCCAUCGAGACAACAAAUCUGUUCCUGCGUGCGCUUUUUAUAGAGUUAAUGCGUGAUAACAUUUGGCUAUGGGCCAUCGUCGGCCAGCCCACAAUGUGCCAUUUGCUUUGCUAGUCGAAACAUUCCUAUAACCAGCAUUGUACUCCCUGAACUCGUAAUAAAAGAUUCUGCGUAGCGA